AUGCCGCGCGUUCGACAUCGUCACAAAUCGACGGAUUCUGAAGAAGAGGAAGACGUCGGGCCGUCUUCUUCCCACCAAGUCCCGAUUGAAUCCCGGGAUUCCGAGUUCUAUGAGAGGUGAAUACACUGAAAUUAUUCAGAACGAAAUCGAGAAAUUUUCACUUGUUUUAACUUCACUGACUUCCAAAAUUCCAAAAAAAUAUUGAAAAAGCCUUAUUCAGUUUUUGCGCAGCUGCACGGCAUUCAAAAAAAUUAUUUCUUGAAAAAAAUUAGAUUAAUCAUGAAAUUCUCCAACGUAGAUUUAUUAAAAAUGAAGUUUGAGAGGUAUAAAAAGAUGGUAACUGCCUUUUUAUUGAUGAUGAUGAUGAUGAACUGCCGAUAAAUCUUAGAAAAAAGAUAGAAAAUGAUUUUUCAAACGAUACGGAGUGGUUUUUGAACGGAAAAAAAAAACGAAAAAAGGCUCGUUUUUGAAAAAUCAACGUUGAAAAAAAAAAUCCAAGGAAAAGAUACAAAUUACACCUCACAAAUCAUCAAAAAAAACCUGAAAAAUGAAAAACGCCUCUUUUUUUCCCAGAAAACAACGACGAGCGAAUCCGAGGAGCUGGACGAGGUGCAAAGAAAACACGGCGAAUGACCGAUGUCGACGUUCUUCUUUCAAUUCAAAACUCACAUGGACCCUCAAACUCCUCUGCAUCAUUUUCACCUUCGCUGCGUGUGUUCUGGUAAUUUUUCCGUUUAUUUCUUAAAAAAUGUUAAUUUUGAGAGAACAAGUAUAAAAAGUUAUAAUUUUCGUCCAAAUUAGAGGGAUAGGAUGUAUUUCUUGAACUAACAUUGAGAAAUUCUAUUUUGUUAUUCCAUUAAGUAGAAAAAAAAAAUUAAAAAGAAAGGAAAAAAUCCCAAAAAAAUGAAAAAGUUUCAGUAUGUGAUUUUUGCGUCGCGUGUAUACUCGGUGUAUGCACACAAAACAUUCAUUGACGUCUAUUAUUUAUAUUUCCGUUUUUUUCUCCUAUUUUUCGAGCUUCUAAUGAUUUUAGUAUAAAUUUUCACAAUUUUCAAACAAUCCGGAGUUUAAAUUUAUUUUUGCAAACUACUCAGAGAAUUUUCCACACUCUCAUCAAUUUCCAUUCCAAAAUUGUAAAAAUUUAGAAAAAACCGCUGUUUUAUGGUUGUUUUCGCUUCAUUCCCUCCAUAUAUUUUUUGUUUUUCAAAUCGUAAAUCGUACGUGUUGUUGUCUGUACUUUUACCAACCCAUCUGGACGGUUUCUUGCAAAAGAAGAGGAAAAGGCCGAUUUUGCAGCUGGGACAUUUUUUUCCUUUUGGAUGACUCAUCAAAGUGCAUUUCGGGUGUUGAAAUGGGGCUAAGAGGUUUUUUGACGGGCUUCUGAGAGGGAUUUUAAAGAACAAUAUUUAAAAAAUUGAACUUUGAUUUUUUUCCAAAGUUCGAGUUCAUAAUUUUAGGUUUUAAAAAUUCCAGCUUUUGCUUCAAAUUCACCUUUUUAGCUGUUUAAUAUUCAAUAAGAGUUAGUUAAAGAUAUUUUCAAUCAACAAUGAUGAGCAGAAAAAGCUAUUCUCUUUGAUAUUCUUUAAAAUAAAAAAAUAAUUUUCUGAUCCUUCGAAAAUUCGAAAUCCCACCGGGAAGCUCGACGUUGGUGUCGAAAAAUGAGUCAUUUUGAAGGUUUUUAAAUGAUGAGUCAUCAAAGUGUCUUGAAAUGGACGUCAGGGGUUUCUCCGAUAGAAUUUUUGGAGGGAUUUCAUGAAAAAAAUUAAUUUUUAAAAAUCCAGUUUAUUUCAUUUAGUGGUUGAAUACAGUGUUUUUUUGUUCUAAGAGUCGAUUUUUUUGCUUGAAAAUUAUUUUUUUCUAGUUUCCUAACAGAAUUCUAUCUUCAUAAUGAAAGAAUGAGCAAUAAUUGUACAAAAAAAUUCUAGAUUUUAGUUUCAAAUGGUCAACAUUUGAAAUUUCAGCUCGAAAUUUUCUUUUCAAGCCUUUAACACGCUGUCUCCGUUAUUCUCAAAAACAACGGGUACAAUAAAAAAAAAUAUUUUUUGAUUUGGAUGAAACUUCAUCCAGUGCGAUAACCCAUCAUCAGAAAUGCGGACGCAAAUUUUUUUGAGCCAUUCCCUCCUACUGUAGCCGGGUUACGGUAGGCAGGUUGGCACCUGCGUAUCUCAGUAUUGAAGAGUUUUUUUACUAGGCAAGUUAUAUAUCAAUCGAUAGGUAAUCCAAUUUCAAGAACUUUUUACAGUACAUACCAUCUUGGAUUACGGUCGAAAAAUUUUGAGUUACGGUACUUUUUGUGUCUGCCCAGUCAGUUUUUCGACCACCAUGAGCUUGAGCCAGGAGAUCCAUUCUUCCUAACUUCUCAAAAGAUACCUUAUGAGAAGCUCUACAAGCUGGUACUAAUUUGAGAAUAUCCUAGGUGGACCAUCAUUUCGAAAAAUCGCCCCGAAGGCGCGCAAUCGUAGUCUUGCGGCGGCCAAGUGGGUGAAGUCCAUGAUGCCUGACGGCUCAUUCUUCAGAGAUCCAUUCCAAUCUUUGUUUCCAUUUUACUCAUAGAUAUCUAUUAUUGACUUUUUAUUUCAAUUUGAGAUGUUUUCGGGUUGACCAUCAUCUCGAAAUUUCAUUUUGAACCCAAAUUUGGCCUGAAAAGGGUCGACACGGCUUCUUUCACGGGAUCCCUGACCACGUAUGUGACCGUUCUCAACUUUUUUCUUUCUUAAACAUGAACAAGAGUGUCUGAACAACAGUUUUAUAACAAUCAGAAACCCUUUUGAGAAGACCAUCAUCUCGAAAUUUCAUUUUGAACCCAAAUUUGGCCUGAAAAGGGUCGACACGGCUUCUUUCACGGGAUCCCUGACCACGUAUGUGACCGUUCUCAACUUUUUUCUUUCUUAAACAUGAACAAGAGUGUCUGAACAACAGUUUUAUAACAGCCAGAAACCCUUUUGAGAAGACCAUCAUCUCGAAAUUUCAUUUUGAACCCAAAUUUGGCCUGAAAAGGGUCGACACGGCUUCUUUCACGGGAUCCCUGACCACGUAUGUGACCGUUCUCAACUUUUUUCUUUCUUAAACAUGAACAAGAGUGUCUGAACAACAGUUUUAUAACAAUCAGAAACCCUUUUGAGAAGACCAUCAUCUCGAAAUUUCAUUUUGAACCCAAAUUUGGCCUGAAAAGGGUCGACACGGCUUCUUUCACGGGAUCCCUGACCACGUAUGUGACCGUUCUCAACUUUUUUCUUUCUUAAACAUGAACAAGAGUGUCUGAACAACAAGUCUUCCUCUUCAAAAUUUUCUCCUCAAAAUGAAAUUUCGAGAUGAUGGUCUUCUCAAAAGGGUUUCUGGCUGUUAUAAAACUGUUGUUCAGACACUCUUGUUCAUGUUUAAGAAAGAAAAAAGUUGAGAACGGUCACAUACGUGGUCAGGGAUCCCGUGAAAGAAGCCGUGUCGACCCUUUUCAGGCCAAAUUUGGGUUCAAAAUGAAAUUUCGAGAUGAUGGUCUUCUCAAAAGGGUUUCUGAUUGUUAUAAAACUGUUGUUCAGACACUCUUGUUCAUGUUUAAGAAAGAAAAAAGUUGAGAACGGUCACAUACGUGGUCAGGGAUCCCGUGAAAGAAGCCGUGUCGACCCUUUUCAGGCCAAAUUUGGGUUCAAAAUGAAAUUUCGAGAUGAUGGUCUUCUCAAAAGGGUUUCUGGCUGUUAUAAAACUGUUGUUCAGACACUCUUGUUCAUGUUUAAGAAAGAAAAAAGUUGAGAACGGUCACAUACGUGGUCAGGGAUCCCGUGAAAGAAGCCGUGUCGACCCUUUUCAGGCCAAAUUUGGGUUCAAAAUGAAAUUUCGAGAUGAUGGUCUUCUCAAAAGGGUUUCUGAUUGUUAUAAAACUGUUGUUCAGACACUCUUGUUCAUGUUUAAGAAAGAAAAAAGUUGAGAACGGUCACAUACGUGGUCAGGGAUCCCGUGAAAGAAGCCGUGUCGACCCUUUUCAGGCCAAAUUUGGGUUCAAAAUGAAAUUUCGAGAUGAUGGUCAACCCGAAAACAUCUCAAAUUGAAAUAAAAAGUCAAUAAUAGAUAUCUAUGAGUAAAAUGGAAACAAAGAUUGGAAUGGAUCUCUGAAGAAUGAGCCGUCAGGCAUCAUGGACUUCACCCACUUGGCCGCCGCAAGACUACGAUUGCGCGCCUUCGGGGCGAUUUUUCGAAAUGAUGGUCCACCUAGGAUUUUUUCAAAUUAGUACCAGCUUGUAGAGCUUCUCAUAAGGUAUCUUUUGAGAAGUUAGGAAGAAUGGAUCUCCUGGCUCAAGCUCAUGGUGGUCGAAAAACUGACUGGGCAGACACAAAAAGUACCGUAACUCAAAAUUUUUCGACCGUAAUCCAAGAUGGUAUGUACUGUAAAAAGUUCUUGAAAUUGGAUUACCUAUCGAUUGAUAUAUAACUUGCCUAGUAAAAAAACUCUUCAAUACUGAGAUACGCAGGUGCCAACCUGCCUACCGUAACCCGGCUACAGUAGGAGGGAAUGGCUCAAAAAAAUUUGCGUCCGCAUUUCUGAUGAUGGGUUAUCGCACUGGAUGAAGUUUCAUCCAAAUCAAAAAAUAUUUUUUUUUAUUGUACCCGUUGCUUUUAGAAAUUUUUUUGAGAAUUACAGAGACAGCGUGUUAAACACAAUCUUUUUUUAUUAUAGUGGGAAGCUCUAUGUUUUUUUAAAUUUUAAUUAGUCGAAACUUGGAUUUUUCAACUCAAAAAUUGCAUUUUCUAAAUUUUCAACACAGUCUUAUCUCCUAAAAAUCAACGUUAUAUGAGCGAUUUAUAUCGAAAAGCUGUAGAUUUUUAGAUUUUAACUGGUGGAUAUUUGAAUUUUUUUAGCUUAAAAAAACGCUUAUUCUAGCAGCCCUAUACUAUCCUAUCAUUGUAAACCACAGUUUAAUGUGAAAUUAUUCUCGAAAACAGCGUUUUUAGAGGUUUAUCCGGUCAAAAUUCGAAUUUUCAGCUCAAAAAUGCAUUUAACAAGCUUUCAACACAAUCCUAUCUUCCAAAGUCUACUUCAUAUGAGCAAUAAAUGUCGAAAAGCUAUUGAUUUUUGAAUUUUAACUGGUGAAUAUUUGAAUUUUUUGCUCCACAAUGCUUUUUCCAGUUUCUCAACUCUUCGUGAUUUUUUGAGCAUUUUUUUUUUUUUGGCUUUCUGUGAAUUUUUUUUCAACAUUAGGGAGCAUUUAUCCUCGAAAACUGCAUUUUUUAGAACGCCAACCGGUCAAAUUUUGAAUUUUUAGCUCAAGAAUUAUUAUUCUAGCAGUCCAACACAAUCCUAUCUUCAUGAUUUUUUUUAGCACUUUUUUUUUGGCUUUUCGAGAAUUUUUUUCAAGAUUAGUGAGCAUUUAUUCUUGAAGACAGUGUUUUUAGAGCUUUAACCGGUCACAUUUUGAAUUUUUAGCUUAAAAAGGCCUUCUCAAGUCUUUCCUCUCAAGAGCCCCGGAAAAAAAAAGCUCGAUAUCAGUAGGCGUCUCAUCCGGCCGAUAUCCAAAAAGGAGAUACUAAUCUCAUAUCCACGUCGGCCGGAAACUCGAAAAACGACGAUUGACGCAAAUCCUCUCUCUCUCUUUUCAUCCCUCCAUCAUCAUAUCGUCACAAAAAAGCUACCAUAAUCCGUCUCUAGUGAUUGAGGAGAAGCUUAGAAAGAAGCCUGAUGGGGGGGGCGAAUAACAGAGGAUAAUGAUUGAAAUAUUCAGUGAUAUUUCCAUGAGAAAAUUUGGUGAUUUAUUGGGACCUUUUGAAGGAUUUAAUCAUGUAAAGAAAUUUUAUCCGUUAUGGGAAGGUACAGGGAUUAGAAUCAGGAUUUUCUGAAAGAAAAUGGGAAUUUUUCGGAGCUAAAAUAGGCAAAAUUGUAACGUAAACCUUUCCAGGCCCUUAUUUUUGAUAUAAUCUUUUCCAAAUCUUGAAAAAUGCCAUAAUUUAUGUUUGCUAGGUGACGAGAAGCUUAGAAAAAAAAAACAUAAAAUUGGGUAAAAUAAAGGGAAAAAAGGCUAGAAUGAUUGAAUUAUUCAGUGAUCUUUCCAUGAUUCACUUAAUAAAGUUGGUUUAUUGGGAUUUUUGAAGGAUUUAAUCAUAAAAAUUAUUUUAAAAAGUUAUGCGAGGGUCCAGAAAUUAGAAGCAGGAUUUUUUUAGAAGAAAAAUGGGAAUUUAAUUUUUUUCGAUUUUAAUUUAGGCAGGUUUGAAACAUGCAGUUUCUCAAACCCUUAGUUUGGGUAUAUAUAUUUUUUUAUUUUAUAAUCUAUUUUUUUACAAGGUGACGAGAAGCUUAGAAAAAAACCUAAAGUUGGGUCAAAUCAGUGGAAAAAUGAAUGAAUAAUUGAACUAUUCAGUGAUUUUUCAAUGAUUUCUAUGAGAAAAUUGAAAAUUACCUUGUGAUUUUUAAACCAAUAAAUCAUAUAAAGGGCUUCAAUAAGUUAUAGGAUCAUAUAAAGCUUCGAAGAAAAACCUGCAUGUCGAGAAAAAUGAGAAAUUUCAGUUUUCAAACCAUUAUUUUAAAGUUUCAAAGCUAGAUUUCUGGCUUUUUUCAAAAAAAAUUCAUUUUGAACAAAAAAAAAACGAUAAAAGGUAAAUUAAAGGUAAAUUCUCCAUAAGGUGAGAUCUAGCCGACGAAUGUUUUAAUUGCGAUGACAAAUUAAAAAACUAAAUGGCCCUUUUUUAAAAUAAUCAGUUUGAAACGGCAAAUUAAGCAUUAGAACUAUUAAGAACAGAUCAAUUUUUGAAUAUUUUAUUUUCCUACAAAGCCUCCCAUCAAAAAAAGCCUUUUUAACUUUGAUUCUUACACACGAAAUCCACUUUGAUGACUCAUCCAAAAAGCCACAGCUGCAAAAUCGUCCUUUCCCUCUUUUUUUGCAAGAAACCGUCCAGAUGGGUUGGUAAAAAGUACAGACAACAACACGUACGAUUCACGACUUGAAAAAAACAAAGAAUAUAUGGAGGGAAUGAAGCGAAAACAACCAUAAAACAGCGGUUUUUUUCUAAAUUUCCAUUACUUUUCAAUGAAAAAAAUUCUUUUUUUGGUAUGAAAAAUAGUCUAUUUAGUUGUUCAGGAAAUGGGAAAAAAAUCCUUGGGAUCAAUUGAAAUACGUCAAUUAUCACGCAAAAACUAUAAUAGCCUUGAAAAAUGAAGAAUUAUGAAAUAAAUAUGAAAAUGGGCGUCAAUAAAAAGUUCUCUGUGCAUACACCGCACAUACACGCGACGCAAAAUCACAUACCCAACUUUUUUUUUUUGCAACAAAACUUUUUUGAUGGAUCACUUAAAAAUAAAUGUACAAGAUAUUAUUGGAUUGGAUUUACAACUAGAAAACAGAAAAUACAUGAAGGGAAAAAUAGCGAAAAAUCGUAAAAAAAUCAAAAAUUUUUGACAAUUUUUGAAUGGAAAGUAAUGGAAUCAAAAAAAUACAGGGUGAAAAAAAUCAGAAAGAUAAGUAUACGUUCAAUUUUUAUACAGCAAAGACAAUGAAACAGUGAAAUUUUAUAUCUGAUUAAAAUUUCCAGCCGAGCAACGCGAUAAAAGAAGUGAGGUGCGGAACGAUCGAUAUCCGAAUUUCGCCCCAUGAAUACAUCAAAAAAGCCGAAUAUGGACUGGGCGAUUCGGUUCAGGGACAGUGAGUUUUGGGCUUCUUGGACUCGGGAAAAUUUAACAUUUCUGUUGGAUAGCUACGAAGAGUUGAGGAAGAGAGGGAAAUUCACUUGAAUAAUGAGAAUGCUUUGAGAAAUUGAAUAAACUCUAUGAUUCCACUCGGAAGAGUAAGAAAAAAUCUUAUUUAUCGAAUUAAUCGAUCGAAAAUGAAGGAAAAUCGUGAAAACUGUAUGAUUUUCAGUAGAAAUGGACUGUUGGAAGAAGUAUUUUUUUAGAAAAUUGGCACUUUUUUUCGAAUUUUUUUCUUCUUUCAAAUGCUAUUUAUCAUAAAAUCAUAAUUCACUGUAUAAAUCUCUCAUUUUGCACGUUCUCUCGUGUUUCUAGGCGCUUUGCUUUCUAAAAAAAAUUCCUAAGACGAGGAAAAUCAAGAAAAACUGCUUUAAAUAUUUGAAAAAAUCGAUUUUUCCGACAAAAUCGACAAUUUUCCUUGUUUUUUAUCGCCUAAACUCGAUAAAAUCUCGUCUCUCUGCGCUCUCUCUUUUUAUGCGCUGUUUUCUCGUUUCUCUGACUUUUUCGGUGAGAGAUUAGAGAGCGCAGGUGGGUCAGACAGUUGAAUGAGAUAGUCUGGCCUGAUAAAAUUAUGGAAAAAAAUUAUUAGAAUUUUAUGAUUUUUGGUAGAAAUAGACUGUUGAAAGCAUUACUUACAGAAAAUUGCAGUUUUUUCAAGAUUACGGUAGAUUACUGUAGCUGAAUUUCCACAGGUUGACAUCGUGUACGUCUGGCCUGAUGAAAUUAUGGAAAAAAAUUAUUAGAAUUUCAUGAUUUUUGGUAGAAAUGGACUGUUAGGAGCAUUAUUUUCAAGUUUUUCCAAGAUUACGGUAGCUUACUGUAGCUAAAUUUUCCCAGGUUGACGUCGUGUACGUCUGGACUGCUAAAGUCGUGGACAAAAAUCAUUUAAAUUUAAUUAUUUUUGGUAGAAAUGGACUGCUCCAAGCAUUAUUUUCAUUUUUUUUUUCAAGAUUACGGUAGAUUACUGUAGCUGAAUUUCUACAGGUUGACAUCGUGUACGUCUGGCCUGAUAAAAUUAUGGAAAAAAAUUAUUAGAAUUUCAUGAUUUUUGGUAGAAACGGACUGCUCGAAGCAUUAUUUUCAUUUUUUUUUUUCAAGAUUACGGUAGAUUACUGUAGCUGAAUUUCCACAGGUUGACAUCGUGUUCGUCUGGGCUGAUAAAAUUAUGGAAAAAAAAUUAUUAGAAUUUUAUGAUUCGUGGUAGAAAUGGACUGCUCAAGGCAUUACUUACAGAAAAUUGCAGUUUUUUCGAGAUUACGGUAGCUUACUGUAGCUGAAUCUUGACAGGUUGACAUCGUGUACGGUAGUGGAAGGCUCCUUCGUAAUCGCCCUGAUCCGGAACGACACCUCCCAACCUUUGGCCUAUCCGAGAUUCGAGCACCUUCGCGAGAUCACCGGCUCCUUGCUGGUCUUUGAUGCGACGUAAGAAUGAGAAGGAAGAUUGCUCAUGUUACCUCACGAUUGCAGUGGCUUGCGCAACCUGUCAUCGAUCUUCCCCAACUUGAGGGUCAUCGGCGGCCAACACCUCAUCCAGCACUACGCCUUGAUCGUCUAUCAGAACAACCACCUGGAGGAGGUGAGAAGAAAUAGCCGCCCUUGGGUUGUAGCUUGUGCGCUCCAUGGAGAAUCUACAGGGGAAGUGAUCCCUAUAGCGGAGAAUCCUGAAGAAACGCCAGAGAAAAAUGGUAUCUCGGUAUGUCUGGCGUCUCUUCAAGAUUCGGUUGAACACUAACUGUUGCUCAUUUUUCACCGGGAUCUUUUUUCUCGCCACGAGUAGAAGCUAGAUCAUUGGGUUUCCGAAGAGACGCCAGAGAAGACAGAUUUUUUUCUCUGCGUUUCUUUAGACCACAGUUGAUCUCCUAUGAAUGUGUCAGACGCUGGAUUUAAAUUAAGAGCUUGAAAAUUUACUUUCUAUAUCUGUAUUACUUUCUAUAUCUGUAUUUUUGUGUUUGAGUGAGAUAAAUAAAUAAAUAAAUAAAAAUAAGAUGGAAGAACCCGGAAAAAAAACGCGAUAGGCAGUGAUCCGUCUGGAGAGACGCCAGAGAAGCUAAGAGCCGUCUUUUUCUCUGCGUUUCUUCAGACCACAGUUGAUCUCUCAGGAAUCAAGCAGAUCAGACGCUGGAUUCAAAUUAAGAGCCUGUUAAAAAACUGAUCGAACAUAGGAGAAAACGCGAAAGUUAGAGAUCCGUUUGAAGAGACGCCAGAGAAGCUAAGAGCCGUCUUUUUCUCUGGCGUCUCUUCAGAGCUCAGUUGAUCUCUCAGGAAUCAAGCAGAUCAGACGCUGGAUUCAAGUUAAGAGCCUGUUAAAAAACUGAACGAACCAAGGAGAAAACGCGAAAGUUAGAGAUCCGUCUGAAGAGACGCCAGAGAAGCUAAGAGCCGUCUUUUUCUCUGGCGUCUCUUCAGAGUUUUUUGCUCUUCUUUCUCUGCGUCUCUUCACUCUGCAGCUCUCAUGAAUUUUGCAACAAUCAAGCGGAUCAGAUGCUGAAUUUGAAUAUAGAGCCAAAAAAAUUAUUCGAACGAAACUGGGGGUAUGAUGAGACGCCAGAGAAGCUAAGAGCCGUCUUUUUCUCUGGCGUCUCUUCAGAGCCUAGUUAACCUCUCGAUAUAUCUUUUUCUAUUAAAAAAACCACUUAUCUGUGAGCCAUUUUGACCAUUAUUCAGCUCGGACUGGACAAAUUGACCCUGAUCCGAAACGGAGGCGUCAGAAUCACCGGAAACCGGCUGCUCUGCCACGCGAACUCCAUCGACUGGAAACACAUCGUCGGCUCGAAAUUGAACGACGUCAUGGUGGACAACGCGGUCGAGGCCAGCUUCACGGAGACGGGAAAAAGUUGGAGAACCAAGAAAACGAUUUAUUUUGAAGGGAAAUUGUUCAGUUUGUCCGGAAGGGCUCUGCGAACAGGAUUCGUCGCAGAAGCGUUGCCGGUACACUCAUUCCGGACAGGUUCAGUCCUGUUGGAACUCGGCCAAGUGUCAGAAAUGUGAGUCUUGAAAAAAAUCACAGGAAAACGUAUUUUUCCUAUUUUUCGAAGGGAAAUUGCACCCCAGUGUGUAGGAAAAACAGUUUGAAAACCUAAAAAGAUUUUUUUUAAUUAAGGGUUUUUUCUUUCAUUUUUCAGUGAAAAAAUUAAGGUGAAGUGUGAAAAAAGUUGAUUUUGAAAAUAAUAAAAAAGGAGCUUUUUAAAACUCGGCGAAAAGCCAAAAAUGUGAGUUUUAUGUAAGAAGGAAUGCGUGAGAAAUCCGGAAAAAAAGCUUUUUCCAGAUUUUGGACGGAAAAUAAAGCAAAAUGUGUAGAAAAAUCGAUUAGAAAACUCAUAAACUCUAGAAAAAAAGAAUAAUUUCGAAAACUUCAAAAAAGAGCUUUUUGGGACUCGGCCAAAAGUCAAAAAAUGUGAGUUUCAAGAAGGAAUCCCAGAAAAGUUUGGAAAAAAUUAGUUUUUUCCAGUUUUUUGGAGGGAAAAUAAAGAUAAAUGUGCACAACAAACGAUUUUUGAAUUCAUAAAAUCCUCUGAAAAAGGAUUAACUUUGAAAAUAACUUUAAAAAAAUGGCUUUUUGUAACUCUGCGAAAUAUCAAAAAAAUGUGUGGAGUUUUGAAAAAGAACCCAUUUUCCAGCUUUUGGAGGAAAAAAAUAAAAGCAAAAAUGUCUGGAAGAAAAUGUUUAAAAAAAUCAAAAAAAUCCUAUGAAAAAAAGAAAUAAUUUUGAGGGUCAUUUUGAAACUCGGACAGUUGUAAAGAAUGUGAGGAAAAAAAGAAAAUCUGAGUUUUUGAAAAUUUGAGGUUUUUUCAAGGACCUUACAAGUUUCAAAGUAGCAAGCAUUGAAAAAUUUUGAAUUUUUUUCUAUGAAGAAAAAAAGUCUUCAACUGUUUGAUUUUUUGAUUUUUCCCGUUCAAUAUCCGUUUCACGCAGUUUAUAUGAUAAAUGAUGAUAGAAUUCAUAAAAAUAUUAACUAUCAAUCAUAUAUUCAAGAUUCCGGGUAAGGAUUACAAAAAAAAAUUGGGAAAUUCGAAGAUUUUGAAGUGUGAUUUGGGACAAUUUUGCGCAGAAUUUCAAGCAAUUUUUAUCAUAAAAUAUGACUUUCCUAUCCAGUAAUCCGUGGUAGUAUACAGGACAGAGAUGGGCGGGAAUGAAAUUCAAAAUUUCGGAAUGCGGAACUUUUUCAUAUUCAUCCCUUAAUCUUUCAAACAAUUCUUCUUAAACAAGUUUUUUAAAAAAUGUACCUUUAUCGGGGCCCCGAAAUGACCAAAUCCCUAUCAGGGCCCACUAAACUUUUAUUAUGGAAUUUUGACCCUUAAAAAUCUGGCAUCCCUAUAGGGAUCCCUAAAGUUUCAGGAGCUCACGGGUGAUACCCUAAACACCCGCAUAGAGGCCCCUAAUAUUUUGACCCCUAUAGGGGCCCCUGAAACAAUAAACCCCCUAUAGUGAGCCCUCCGAAAAUCCUCAGUGGUAUAGCUGGUUCACGGCUAGCUUGUGACGCUAAGAAGGGCGUGUCCUGUCUGCGCUCUCCACGAGCCAGGCGCUAUCUCGCGCAUUAUCGUGUCAGGACCCUUUUUUCGAUGGCUCAAGCCAACCGUGAAUCAGCUAUAGAAUGAAGUUUGUGCGCUCUAGCGCUAACGGCUUCGCUCUUCCUGAACAUUCAAAGGAAUUUCCAACUAAAUUUUCAUAAUGCACAGAAAUAUAAUUGAGAAACGCGGAAAGGGGAACAAAUAAUUUUUUUGCGGAACACGGAAUUCCGCCCAUUUUUGAUACAAAAGUUCAAAAAUUUCAAGUCUCAAGGGUCUGAUAUUCAAGUUUUAAUUAAACAAAUAACAUACUAAACUUUGAGAAUUCUGGCGAAUCUUGGGAAGAUCCGUAUUGCAGUGAAAAAGCGAGCUUAAUUAUUCAAAAAAAAAAAUGUAGUUUUCAAUCUUGCGGAACUGAUUUUUUUUUUCCCUUUUCUCAAAGAAUUUUAUGAAAAUUUGAUACCAAUGAACUUCUAGGAAAAGUUAGACAAGAAAAAUGAUAAUUUUAUACUUUUGGGCUAUAAUUUUGGAAUAUUUGGACAAAAGUUUGUCCGUUUCAAGCAGACAUGAUAAACUGAUAAAUUAUGACUUUUUGAUUUGAUAGCAAUCAAAAAAAAAAGGACAAGAGGAUUCUUCUUUUUUUCGGCCAUUUCUACGACCUUUUUUGAGCCUCUCCCUUUUAGAGGCCAUUAUCCAUCAUUCCUACUUUCUCGGUUUUCAAUAAAAUCAUGUUUGAAGUAUUAUUUUGCAGUGUGCGAACACGAACGAGACGGCGAAACGAUAGGUCCCGGAUGUGACCCGAAGGGCGAGAGAUGCCACGACGAGUGCGUCGGCGGGUGCGAGAAGCCCGGAGAUGCCCGCCUCUGCUACGCCUGUCGUCAUUUGAACUACCAGGUUCAGUUUUCGAAAGGAGUUAUGAAUAUAGCUGAUUCACGGCCAGCUUGGGACGCUAAGGGGGCGUGUCGUGUCUGCGCUCUCCACGAGCCAAGCGCUAUCUCGUGCAUUAUCGUGCCAGGACCCUUUUUGGAUGGCUCAAGCCAGCCGUGAAUCAGCUAUACCCCCUCGAAGAAAGGGUCCCUGACACGAAGAAAAAUGAGAUAGCGUCUGGUUGGUGGAGAGCCCAGACAGGCCACGCCUUUUUUGAUUCCUCAGCCGUAAAUCGCAUUUAGUGGAUUGGUCUAGUAACUAAAUUUUGAGAAAAUCGAGUGGUUUUACUCAAAAGUAAAGCUUUGAAAAACAUUUUUUUUUGAGAAGAUUUAAUGAAAGAAAAAAAUAAGUUUUGAAUUAUUCACUGGCAAUGUCCAAGUGACCUUUUUAAGGACCUCAAAAAGAGUAAAAAAAAAUUUCAAGAUCUAAACGAAUCCCAAAAAAAGACUCUUUGAUAGUUUUCAUCAAAAAUAAUCUUCUCAUUGGCUUUUUAUACCACUGGGAAGGUUCUUUUAGAAGCCUCAUUGGAAAACCUCUUUUUUUGAUUCUCUCACACUUUGCCCGUUCACGAUAAUCAUGAAGAAAAUAAUUUUAUGGAAAGUUUAACUCGACUCAUGGAGGAUAUACAUGGAAAAAAUGGAAACUUUUUCAUAGCCCCUUUUUGAAUCUUUUUUAGUCGUACACAACAUUUUUUCAUUAAAGCAUUUGAAAAAAAGGCAAAAGGGAGCUCUUAUUUGAAAAAACCUUGUUAAUUGAUUUAUAAAUCAAUGUAUGAAGACAAUUUCUGAUCUCCCAUUUCCAAUAAUUUCCUUUUUUUAUCAUUACUUCUUUGAACUCGGUCUGUGAAGGAUUUUAAAAAAACGUCCAGGUAGGAGCUGGUCACAACUAUCAGAAAGCCAUUGUGGAUGAACUAUAUGAACAGAUUAUAAUAUUUUCCAAACAUUCCAGGGCCGUUGCAUCCCGAAAUGCCCAGCCAACCUGUACUCUCUAUUGAACCGUCGCUGUGUCAGCAAAGAUCACUGCAAUGGGUUGGUUUUUGAACCUUUUAGUGUGAUUCCCAACUUUUAAUAAUCCAAAAAAAUUAUUUGAUAUUUUUUUCUUCCAGAUUGAAAGCCAAGGAAAAACGUGCCCCUCAAAGCAAUCAACAGGGAUUUGCUCGGCCAAAUGCCCGGAGAACUAUGAAGAGGGUUGGUUUUUCAUUUAGAAAGAAUAUUUUGUUAGAAAGGACAAAGAAAGUUGAAUAAAUUGAGGAUUAUUGAUUUUUUUAUGGGAUUUUUAUAUCGAAAAUUUCAUGUUUUUUUUGGUCCAAGAAAGAAUAAUAAUUCGAAAAAAAGGCUUUUUCUCGAAUUUUGAAGCCCUGCUAAACAUUCGAAAUAAUUUUAAAAUUGCUUUUUUUUGGAUCUUUAUUCGCAAAAGUUAUAAAUAAAAAAACCCAAAAUCAUUCAUAAAAAAAUUUAAAAAAGCUAUUUUACGUAAUUCGAAGCCCUCCCUGCUAUGAACAAAAAAAUCAUUAGGACGAUUUUCAGAAUUUCCUUUUUUUAUUCGUUUUUCUAAAUCAAAAAAAUUCAGUAAUUUGAAAAAUUUCAGAUCCGAACGACCCGAAAGAAUGCAUCAAAUGCAAAUCGGUCUGUCAGGUGACCUGUCCCGGCAACGUCACCAUUGAUAAUUACGCCAAGGUAAACCGAAUUUUAAUAAAGAAACAAUUUCUGAUAAAAAAAGGUUCAGAAGCUUAUUUUUUUCAUCUAGAACUGUUAAAAAAACGGCUCACCUUUCAUAGAGAUUCUUUCGAAACAACUUCUUUUUUUCAAAAAUUUUGAAAUUAUUUUUUUGGUAGUUUUUUUUGGGAAAAAUCUAACUAAAUUUGAAUCAAGCUCAAAUUUGGUUUUUUUAUGAAAAAUUUUUAUUCUAUUUUUUUGUCGUCUUUUUCAAGCCAUAGUUUUAGAAAAAAGAAAAAAUAGAAUCCUUAUCUCGAUUUUUAUUUUCAAAAAGUUUCUCAUAAAUUUUAAAUUAUUUGUUUUUUCCAGUCCCGGUCUUAGAAAAUGCAUUUUCUAAGUUUUCAUCAAUUUUUCUUUUGAUAUUUCCAUACUUUUUCAUGUUCCUAAUAACUUGAAAUAGUUCAAUUUUCAAGGCUCAGUCCCUAGAAAUGCAUUUAGAAAUGAAUAAAGUUUAAAUGUCUUCAUCUAUUUUUUUUUUUCAAGUUUUUGAAAUGUCGUUUAUAGUUCUUGAUAGUGAAUUUAAGCUAAAAUGAAAAGAAAGUUCGUAUUCGGUUACACCGUUUGAAACUUGGAUUUUUCCAGGCCCAGUCCCUGAAAGGUUGCCACAUAAUCGACGGCUACUUGAACGUGGAAAUCCGCAUGGGAUUGGAUCCAUCGGGCGUCGCCGAACUCGGAGAAGCCUUUUCAAAAAUUCACACCAUCAAGGGGUAUCGUUUUCAUUCAUAUGAUAUUUCUAAUUGGUGAGAACCAUCUGGAAAUUACUGAAUAAUAAUGAUAAUUUUUAUUUCUACCAAACUUUGUUGAGCCAAAUAUUGAUAUAAAAUAACUUGAUGAAGAAAAAAAUGAACUAGAAUGAGAAAAAUUGUAUUUUAAGAUUAAACUUUGGAUUUUUUUAGAUGUAAGAAACAUGAGCGAGAAAAAAAGUUUUAAAAAAAUUUCAAGGUCCUAAAACAAUUUUUUUCACAUGAAAAAGCUUAAUUUUGCAGAUUUCUAAUAUUUUUUUCUAUCUAGGAAAAAUUUUUCUGAAUCGUCUAUUUUACCAGAAAAAGUUCCUGGAAACAGCAAUCCUUGAAAUUUUUGAGUCUUUCCAUUUUUAAAAAUUAUUUUAAAGCUGUAUUCAUCUCGGGCAAGGUGGAAUGGUAAAUAAUGGCCGCUAAAAGCCUCGAAAAAGGCCGCAAAAGUAGUCCCUUACUUCCAUUUUCCUAGAUUUUUAAGAAGUGGUGGAAAAAGGAAGAGGCAGCAAAAAUGGUGCAAAAAGGCCGAUGAAUAGGCCGAAAAAGACAGCAAAAAAGGAACCUUUUUGGAGCCUUUUUCCACCCUUUCCGAAUUUACCUACGAUGCCAUUUUCCAGAUCUUGUUUCUAACUCUUCGAAUAGUCGUUUUUGUUCCCAGAUACCUGACCAUCUUCCACACGCCCUCCUUCGUGAACCUCUACAUGUUCAAAAACCUCCGACGAAUUACGGGCGACAUCCUCCAACACGAGAAAUAUUCGCUCUCCGUCUUCGAGAACGUCAACCUCAAGAAACUCUUCAAUCCGACCAUCAAUCUGGUCAUCGACAAGGGUUAUUUGAGGGUUCGUUUGAUAGGAAGCGUCCUGAAUUUUUUAAACUACUUUAAAUAAAUUUUCAAAACCAUAUAAUGUCAGUAAAUCGAGAUUUUGUAGCCUGUUCAGAUUUUUAAUGUCAAUUGCAAUGACGUCAUUCAAAAACACUCUGUGGAUGGCUCGCUCUCUGAUUGGCUUAUCGCGCUUUAAGGGGCGGAGCUUGAGCGAGGACUUGACAUUCAAAAUCUGAACAGACUAUAGAUGAUUCACGGCUAGCUUGGGACGCAAAAAGGCGUGGCCUGUCUGCACUCUCCACCAACCAGGGCACUGCCUCGUCUCCUUUCGUGGCAGGACCCUUUUCUCGAUGGCUCAAGCCAGCCGUGAAUCAGCUAUACAUGUUUUAAAAAAGGCUACCAAGCGGUUGUUAAUGGACGAAAAAAAGGAAAAAUUAAAUGUAAAAAAAUAUUUUUUUCUAUGGAAAAAUAAAUCCAUUUCCUUCCAGUUCCACAACAACCGCAUGCUGUGUUUCCAUCAAAUCCGGCAGCUGAUGGAGAAAAUGGGCCGGGAAACGGAAAUGUCGGACGUCGACCAGAGUAUGAGCAGCAACGGCGACAAGGCCAUUUGUUCGUUUAUUUCGAUCUUUUUCCAGAUUUUUUGUGAAAUUUUUAGGUUGCCCGGUUAGAAAAGGGCGCCUUUUUUGGAGUUACUAACGUGAUAGAAAGUCUUUCCAUUGGGUCAUUGAACAAUCCAUUGGGACCCAUUGGACAUCCCCCUCCUCCACUCUUUAUCCGAGCUUUAGAAUGAUACAUGAAUCGUUAAAAUCAAUGCCAAUUUUCAACGGGCCAACUUUAACUAGCUACUGAAACGUUUGCGCUCUGACGAGACCUUUAAAAAAAUUGAUUUUUUUGAAAAAUGUUCCUCUUAAUUUUAUUAUUUAGUUCAAGCGUGCAAUAAAAAUCUUCGUUUUUAAAGUUCUAAGUUAAUUUUUCUGAUAGAAUUCACUGAUCUUUUUUUAGUUUUGAAAUGAAUUUAAAUUGUUUCUAGAGGUUCAAAAUGUUGUUUUCUAUGCUUUUUGAACGUUUUGAAAUUCCAUUCAGAACUUUUUUUCUGAGAAAUUUAAAAAAAUAUUAGUAAAAAAAACUCUCUUCGAAAAAUUACAUUUUGAAAUGGAUUUUCUGAAAUUUUUCCAUUUUGAUUAUUUUCAAGUUUUUGCAUUUUAACAUGAUUCAUUAUGGAACAGUUACGCUUAUUCAACAAUAUAUUUUUCGUUUUCCAGGCGAAGACGCGACUUUCGAAGUGAAAGUGGUCUCCGUUUCCUACAAUACUUUUGUUCUGGAAUGGCCGGCUUUCAAUACGACGGACAUGGAUCAUCGGAAGUUCCUGGGUUAUGAGGUGCUUCAUUUUGUCAUUUAUGAGAAGUAUUAUCUAUUUUUCCGAUCUAGAUUUGCUGUAGUAAUUCGAGGCAAAAGCAGAAUAUACUGGGAAAAUUUUUAGUGGCCACUAUAGGGUUUUGACGUUUUAGUGGCCGCUAUAGUAGUCAAAUUAGUGGCCACUUAAGGGGUUUAAAAUCAGAAGCCACUAUAGAGGUCCAAGUGCUACUACAACACCACCAAAAAUUUUAGUGUCCACUUUAGGGGUCAAUGGAUCAACAUAACUGGUCCAAACUGUUUGUUUAUAGGGGUGGGUUUGGUGGCCACUUUAGUGUCCUGUGAACGCUAAUUUUUCCAAUUAUCUCUAUAUGAGUACUACAAUAUAAACCUCUUUAUCCAGGUCUACUACAAAGAAGUGCCGAAAGUCGAUCGGAACAUGUCGAUCGACGACGAUCGAUCUGCCUGUUCGGAUUCCUGGUACAGUGAGUUCAUCGAAAGAGCCCCGGACGAGAACGAGAAGGAGCCGAAAGCCGCCGCCAUCUCCAACCAAUUCAUCAAGCCUCACACUAUGUUGGUUUUGAAGAAAAUUGGAGUAAAAUGGAAAUUUAUGAAGAAAAACACUGAAAAUUGGGUGAAAGGAAUUUAAAAAAAUUUUAAAAAUCACCUUGUUCUGAGACUCAUACUAUGUUGAUUGGAAGAAAACUUUGAAAUCGGUUAGAAAAAUAAAAUCACAAAGGAAGUUCAAGUGAUCUCUUAAGGGCCUCAAAAAAAAAAAUAAAAUUAUUUUUAAUUUUAAGAAAGUGCGGAAAGUUUCUUAUAAGCUCCUUUUCAAGAAAAAUUGACCUUUUUAUCGGCUUUUUGCUCCUCCUUUUUUUAGAACUUCUACUUUUUCAACACCAUUUAAUCUUUUUUUAAGUAUAAGAUUCUGGAGGAAAAAGUCAUGAAAAAUAAAGUUUUUUUGAAGCUAAAUUUUUAGAUAUUUUUUUGCCCGUCAUAGAAUGAAAGUAAAAUGAGAAAAAUGUUCGAUUGAAAAAAAUAAAUUUUAUUUGUAAUAUUUUAUUUUCUCUUUUCGAUAAAUUUUAGAUUUUAUUCUUUCAAAUUUGAGUGAUUUAUUCAAUUUUGAACACGUUUGAAUGCCAUGGAAAUCUCGAAAAAAGCGCAAUUUUUUCAGUUUUGGAGUUGUUAUUUUAAAAAAGUGUUCCAUGGAGCGCAGAAGUCCUGUUUAAGACAAAAAGAACGUUAUUUUUGAAAAUGUGAAGCAAAUUCAUCAUAUUGCCGUUUCUCUGACUAUUUCUAAGCCUGUUUAUUCUUCAGUUUUUCGUUCGAAACAUUGAAAUCUCAUUUAAUCUCAUUCUUGCAGCUACGCCUACUACGUCUCGACGCAAAUCGUGCACCACAACGGGGCCCGCAACGCGAUUUCCGCCAUCGGAUUCGUCCAAACCAACUUCACUUAUCCGGAACCUCCCCGAGACUUGACCGUUUCCGCCACCACCGACACCAUAUCGUUUGGAUAUUCUCCCUUCUUAGAGAUUUUACGAGGUCUCAGAUUGAAAUGGGACCCUCCGACGAAGCCCAACGGUGUGAUCACUCAUUACAUCGUCAGUUGGAGACGGAUCGAUGCGGAUCUGGAAUAUUAUUCCCAGAUGGCUUGCGACGCCGAAGCUCGUCAGUUUUUCAUUCGGAAAGAGUUGGAUAGGCCAGAGAAGGAAGGGCUAAAGAAAGGCAGCAAAAAGAGCCCCUUUAGGGAGCCUUCUUUAUUUCUAGAGUUGUAAAGGUAGAAAAGAGAAGAGGCAUCAAAAAGGGUGCAUAAGGGCCGAUAAAAUGGUGCAAAAAGGCGGCAAAAAAAGAAGCAUUUCAAUAGAGCCUUUUUUCACCCUUUCCAAUUUUGCCUAUGGAAGAGAGUCAAUUCCUGAAUGGCCUAUAAGCUAAACCCCUGUAGGGACCACUUUUUCGGCUCCCAUAUGGGCUGUUUUUCCCCCUAAACCCUAUAUGGAAUACCUAAGACCCUCUUACUGUAGCCGGGUUACGGUAGCUGGGAAUUCUAAAGAAAAUAGGUGAUAUUAGAACCUUUCAGUUGAAAAUCAUGAAUAAAAUCGUUUCAAGAAAUUUUGUGGGAAUAUCUAGGAUCUUAUGAGAUUUUCCUAUGAUAUUGAAUAUCAAUCGAAAGGUGGAAUGAUUUUGAGAGCUUUGCAAAAUCUGAAACCAUCUUCGUCAUCGAAGGGGAUUUGCAGAGAAACUCCCGGAACACAGCCCGGAUUCGAUGCCCUCGGCGGUCGGAGAGGCGAUCCCGGCGGCGGCCUCAUCGGCCGUCAGCACCACGGCCCCGACCUUGACCUCCUUCCUCUCGAUGGCCGCCAGCAACCAAGGAACCUGCUCCAAGGUCCCCGGCUGCUGCGAGUGCGCGGUGAGUGAGAAUUCUGAAAGCCAGAGUGGAUUUUGGUUUCUUUCGAGAAAAAACUACUUUUCGAUGACUUGACUAUGUGCAUGCGCCUUUAAAUUAGCUUGAAAUUCAUGAUUUAUUAAAGGCGCAUCCACAGAGGCAGUGGGUUUUAAAUAAAAGGUUAUUCUGACCCGAUUUUUUUACGGCACAGAAAUGCUGAUUUUGCGUUUUUCGCGUAAUGAUUUAUAAUGAAAAACACGUCAAUCAUGCCAUUUUCGAAGUUGUUUCGACGAGUUAAUGAAGAAAAUCUAUUCAAAUAACCUUCCAUCAGCUUUUUCUCUGGCUAUAGCCCAUUGUGCGCCAGCUUGUGACAGUUUUUCCUUCCCUCCUAGCUGCACUUCCCUUUGAUACCCACAAUCUGUCCUGAGCAUGCGCCUUUAAUAAAACUCAAAUGUUAAGGCCAGGUUAAAGGCGCAUGCUCAGUGGCAGGCCGCACGUAUCGAGGGGAAGAGUUCUGUAGUUCAAAAAUGACUUUGAUGUGUCUUUUAUAUGCCAAAAGGAGACUUCGAAAUAUAAUAAAUAAAAUUAUAUUUUACCAAGAUUAUCGCAUGCUCAGGACAGAUCGCGGGUGUUAUCUAUUUUUCAACUGAUAAAUUUUCAUUUUUGAUAGUCCUUAACAUUUUUUUCUAAGCUUCUAUGUUCUUUCAGAAACCUGCUGCGAUCACCGACACGGAAGAAAGCUCCGACUUUGAGAACGAGCUCCAGAACGAGAUCUUCGUUCAAAGGUUCUUACUAGAAAUCGUUAGAGAAGUAGAGUUUCCAGAGUGAAAUUGAAGAAUAUACCGUUUUUUGAAUCCUAAAUAAAUAUCCCUAUAGGAGUUUUAAUUAGUGGCCCCUAUAGGGGACAUGCUAGUUUUAUGCGAAGAAGCGUUUCCAUGGGAAAAUGGAACAAAUAAGCGUUUUUUGAAUGAAAUUGAAAGACCCCUAAAGGGUCCACUUGAGCUUUAGGGGCUAAGGAGUCAGACUCUAAACCCCUAUAGUGACCACUUUUCGGCCUACUACAACCACUAUAGGGACCACUCUGGAAUUCCUAAAUACAUGAAUAUUCAGCUGUGAACAUCACUGGGACCCGGAACGGUGCCGUCACUGGAAGCCGCAGACGGACGACGACGCCGACACGGAAGACGCCGAAGAUGACCCGACGUCGGCGAACGCGACGAAGAAGGCCAAGCGGUCGAGACCCCGACGCGCCUCCUCCGACUCCUGGGAGCAGCGACGCCAGAAGAUGCACAGCUCCAAACACACCAUCCGCAACACGUUGGCCGACUACGAAGCCUACUACGAGAUGUUGGAGUGCGUUUUAUCGAUGGAAGAAGAUCGUUUUAUAGUUGAUUCACGGCUAGCUUGGGACGCUAAGGGGGCUUGGUUUGUCUGCGCUCUCCACGAGCCAGGCACUAUCUCGUGCAUUAUCGUGUCAGGACCAUUUUUUCGAUGGUUCAAGCCAGCCGUGAAUCAGCUGUAGCACAAUCAAAAAAAAGAAAUAUUAGUGAAAAAAUAGAAUUUUUUGAAGUUUUCAACAGAGUUCCACUUGAUUUCGUAACCUUCCAGGAUGAUUUUUUCAAACUUUCAAACCCAAAAUGGUAGAAAUUAAUUCAUCAUUCCCACAUUUUCCAGUCGCCUUAAUCCAGUCCGCCGUCGUCGAUCAAUCGAUUCAGUUGACAAGGAGGAAAAAGAAGAUCCCAGUUCGAAUAAAAUUCCCUCGACGACACCCGCGACGAAACCGACUGCGGAGAACUUUGUGCAGAAAGCUGUCAAGGUCGGUUUUGGGGUCUCAAGCAGUGAAAUAAUCAGAAAAAUGAGAGAAAUCGGUAUAAAUAAGGUAUUGGAAGUGCUGAAAAUUGUUAGGUUUAAGAAAAAACGGAGUUGUUUCCAUGCGAAAAAUUACUGAUUUUCUGCCAUUUUUUUUUUAACUUUUAAUUUUUUUUCCACUGCUCAAGUCUUCAAUUUUCAUUCUUUUUGACACAAAUAAACCGUAAAAAAACAAAAAAAUUUUUGGGGUGCUAUCUGAGAAUAAAACAAAAAAAGAUUUUAGAGCGUCAAACUGGCCGAACAGAAACGAAUCAUCGACCAACUACACCACAUCAACAUCACGGCGGCCCCCAAGAACGGCGCGACGACCUUUGUCAUCACCGGCCUGAAACACUACGCUCAGUACUCG